AAGUGGGGCACGUUUUGUAUCGAUAUAGGUUGACAAUAAGCUUGGAGAGGGGUAACAACUCACGUGUUACCAAACGUGCAACAUGAUGCGAAACAGUCACUCUACGCGAUAGAUAUGUGACGUACGGUGUGGUUCAGUCUUCAUAGAUAUCAUCGUCUAGAACGCAUCGUGGUGUCUAUUAUAUUAUUAUGAAAGCAAUUAGAAAUUAGUGAAAGUAUCUAUUUCUCAAUUAAUUUACUGAUUUUUUUAUGAUCAAUCAGAUGGUGCAUUAUUUUUAAUUCAAUUGUUAAUAGUAGUGAAUGCGAUAAAAAAAAAUCUUCCCUUUGUUCAUAUAAGUACGAAUAGUUUGACUUCGCGUAUUUCUUUAUCAGUUUCUAACACUUUUAUCGUCACGAAAUAUAGAAAUGAUACGCGAACAAGUUCAUUCGAUUUAGCAGCAGUGUUGUGACCCGACGGAUAUCGUCUAAAAGAAAAGCUAUCAUUAGAAGAGAACGAUGGAAGAGGUAUCUACUGAGAAUGCCAAGGUGUCGGAUUCCGGAUAUUCUAACACUUGUAGCAACAGUCAAUCUCAACGUAGUAGUGGCAGCUCGAUUUCGCGAAACAGCAAUCGCUCCGAAAGUAGCGGUUAUUGCGGUAGGCGUCCUUCAACAUUUGGAUCCAGCAGUGAAGCACUACCGCAGCCAAUCAGCAAAAGAAAGGAUAAAGAACAUAAGAAGAAGAAGUCGAAGACGAUUUUGGCUGUUAAUGCUGAGGCAGAUAUUACACUGAAAAGUGCACCGCCGGAGGCCGUGUCUUAUAAUGUCGCCGUCCCAACGAAACCUAUACUUGAAAAAAAACCAGAAGAAGUAGCCACUGUAGAAUUGGUGGAUGCAACGGAUCCCGGCGAGCACAACGCCGAUGCCGUCACAGACGUCGAAGUAGGACUUCCUUCUCGUACGAAUCUUCUGGAUGAUUCCGCCUCUCAAGCCAAUGAGGGAUUUUGCGCAGUGAUUUCAAUGCACGAUGGCCUCGUGUUGUAUACGACUCCCUCGAUAUGCACAGCUCUAGGAUAUUCCAAGGACGCAUGGAUUGGCCGUUCUUUCAUCAACUACGUAUACCCCAAGGAUAAGGCCACUCUGGCUGACCAGAUUACGAAAAGUAUAGUAUGGCCUCAAGAAGAUCGACCGAAAGGUAUUAACGGCAGAAGGGCAAGUUUAUUUUGCGGAUUGCGAAAGUUCACGAAAGCUGCUGUUCACCAAUCGAAUAAUCAGCAUAAGCAGGCGAGAUCGAACCUGUACCUUCCAUUCCACUUGACCUUAUCGUUCAGAGAUUUUCGAGACCAUGCGACAGAGCAGCAGCACAAAGCAAUGUUCCUAGUGGUUACUGCCCAACCUGUUCAUUCUGCAUAUAAAGUGCCAGAAGAAACAAUAAUAUCUUCGGUAUUCACGACCCGCCACACCGCGACCUGCUACCUAACUCAUGUCGAUCCCGACGUAGUCCAAUACUUUGGCUAUCUACCUCAGGAUAUGGUUGGCCGUUCGCUGUUUGACUUUUAUCAUCCCGAGGAUCUGCCCUUCAUCAAAGACAUCUAUGAGACUGUGAUCAAGCUCGAAGGUGCCACGUUCAGAUCGAAACCGUACAGGUUCGGGGUGCAGAAUGGAGGCUACGUCGUCCUCGAAACAGAGUGGUCGUCCUUUAUCAAUCCCUGGACAAAAAAACUAGAGUUUGUCGUAGGUCAACACAGGGUGCUGAAAGGUCCAGCGAAUCCUGAUAUCUUUCGCGUGCCAUAUGUAACCGAGUACAGCCAAUUGGCCAACAUUAGCGAGGAGGUGCUAAAAGAAGCCAAGAUCAUACAAGGAGAGAUACGUACACUUCUCGAGAACAUCCAAAGAAAGUCAGAUAUAACCGAGCUCGACGUGUCAAAGAGGUGCAAGGACCUUGCGUCCUUCAUGGAAAAUCUACUGCAAGAGACGAGGACACCUGGUUUUGGGAAAGAUGUGCUCGCUGCCGACGACAGGAGUUUUUCGGGAUCACGCAAUCCCUUGUUGCAGGAGCACGACAGCGUGAUGCUUGGUGAAAUCUCGCCCCAUCACGAGUACUACGACAGUAAAUCGUCCACCGAAACACCGCCAAGUUACAAUCAGCUCAACUACAACGAAAAUAUUGAAAGGUUCUUUAAGAGCAAACCACCGGUUGCCACCAUGUAUGGCAGCGACGAAGAGAAUAUUAAUUCCAGCAAUGAAGAAGGUGGAAAAACAAGCCCGACAGUAGUGAGAAAAUGCAUGUCACCAAUAAACGGAAGCGGUGCAAGCGGCAGCGGCAGCGCAGAAAAUCUCAGCAGUGGUUCGAACAAUCAGACAAGUUCAGCAAGUAGAGGCAACACAUCGAAUACGACUAGCACGGAAAGCUUUAAACCUCCAACGUUGACAGAAUCGUUGCUCAAUCGUCACAAUGAAGAUAUGGAGAAACUAAUGAUGCAAAAACACCGAGAACUUCGAUCCAGUAUUAAGGCUAGCGACAAAUUAAAGGAUUCUCGAAUAAAAACCACCGAGAAAAUGUCGACGGAUCCGAACACGUACUUCGUUAAUCAAGGCCACGGUGUUAAGAGGAGCGGAAGCCAUAGCUGGGAGGGAGACAGUUUUAAAGUUUCAAAGCACGACGAAGUAUCAAGGACAAGUACCGCAGGUCAAUUCCCAACAAAUGUCGCGACCACAGUUACAAGCAUGAGCGUUGAUCAAUCCACCGUAAUUCAAACAGGUGCUAACAUCAAUUUAUGGCAGCCUUUGUCAGUUACUGUGCCGCCUGUCCCAUCUGCUCAAACACACAAUGUGCCACAAAAUAUGAAUUCACAAGCAAUACCCAGAAUACCAAUACUGCCGCCGAUGAUACCAGUAUAUUAUGUUCCCGUUCCACAAACUAAAAAUCCCGCAGCUUCAUCGCCUUUACAGGAGAAAUUUAGUCCACCUCAAUCAAUGCAACCCCCGCAACCAAAUCCUUACAUGUUUGUGCCAGUUUCAUAUAUGACGACAACGAUGGCCGGUGUCAUUUAUCCUCCAGUAAUAGGUGCCUCGUCAACGGGCAUGAUGUACAGACCUUUUUUGAUUCCUGAACAAACAUCAGUGACGCGUGAAAAUAAUCAGUCUAUAGUGAACAAAUGCUCCGAUCGAAAACGUCCGGCGAGUCAAGCGACAAGUGUAAAAGCUGAACCGGGCAGCAUCAUGGCUAUGUCAGAAUCUUCUAAAAAAGUACUGUCACCCGGUGAAUUAUUCUCCUGUGUGAGCAAUGAUGGAGGUUGCUCGAGCUUAGUGGAUGCACCAACGCCUAUGAAUCAAAAGAUCCACAGACAGAACGACUACACCAUAGACGAAUCGAGUUCAUCAAGCUUUUACAGUAGUUUCUUAUAUAAGAGUAGCGAUAGUAGUUGCAAUCCGGACCAAAAACCAAUCGAAUAUCUACCAGAGGAAAGUAUGAAACAACAUUACGGUAAACGAAGAAAAGAACCACCAUGGCUCGAAGGUGUUCAGUUAACUCCAGAAUUGAUAUAUGAGUAUCAAAUACACCCCAAGACUCUGAACGAAGUACUUCAAGCUGAUAUGGAUGCCUUAAAAAAUUUCAAUCAACCUCUUUUGGUAAACGAUCAAUUGAGUCAGCUUUAUUUGGACUUAGAAGUCGAGGGGUUCGAAACAAAACUUGUUCUCGAAGAUGGAAUCACUUCUAGUGGCAGUGACAGUGGAAGUAGUAGUGGAAGCUGGACAGCUGGUACAAUGUCACAGCAAAAACAUAGGAGAAGAAUGGUGAAGUAUAGUAAACUUGUAAUGAUUCAUGAAGAAAAUGCACCAUUGCCACCGACGCUAUCACCUCAAACCGUACCUUGUCAGCAGUUCUAGGAAAAACCUUGUGACGACCAACUUGUAACUAAACACUGUUUUCAGAUUCGAAAUGUUCGUUUGCAAUACCAUGCUUCGAAUUUGGUUCUAGUACUUACGUUACAAUUGGCCGUUGUGUGUUUAAUUCCAAUGUCAUUUAGAUUAUUCUAUUUUAUUACAUUUAUAGUUUGAGGCAGAUAAAAUUCUUUAUAUUAUUCAUAUCUACAUAUAUUUUAAUUUAUAAUUAAUUAUCUUUAUAUAUCUUUAACUAUUUACAAAAAUACGUUUAUUUUUUUCUUAUGAUAUGCAUAUAUUAUUUUUAUAAUUAUUCUCAUUAAACGCAAUUAGCUUUUGAAAUAUUUAAGGUUGAGAUAUUAAUUUUAUUGAUCGAUUUAAGAAUAAUGGUUUUGUUUAUAAUAUUUUAACUGCCUCAAAUAAAUUCCCUUAUAUCCAAACAUAAUGUCAAUUCAUACAUUUAGAUAUGUAAUAUCUAAAAAAUAAGAAACUAAAAUUAUUUUGCUUAAAAAGUUAGUAACUCGGUAAGAUUCUUGUUUUCUUUCGAACGAAACUUACCGAUAUUUUAUUAUCUCUCUAAUGAUGGUAUUUUUACAUGCCCAUUAUGUCGGUGAUAAUUUUUAGAUAUAUGUAUUCCUGUCUCAAGGAUAGGAAACGCUCCUGUGUACCUACGAGGUUCCUGUUAUCGGGCAGACAUUGACGUCCACGUGAUUGUCUUUAAUCAAAUUGAACUAUAUUCGAUUUGUUUUUUUUUUUUUGUUUAUGUACAGGAUAGUUAAUUAUUUUUCACUGUUAGAAAAAUGAAAAAUCCGUUGGAAAGUCUGUUGCCUGCACAACAUUUGAUAUAAAUUUAAUAUAAUUAAAGUAGUUGAUGAAAGAUGAAACUGGGAGGAAUUGAUAUUUGUUAUUAAUAAAAUUAUAUAUAUAUAUAUAAAUGCAAUAUAUAUAAUUUUAUCAGUAACGAAGCUAAAAAAUUAGGUUAAUACGUUAAAUCUUUGCUAUGUAUAGCUGUUUGAUAAAUAACGGUUUCUCAUUCAUAUCAAUUCCUCAUAAUGAGAUUCUGUACGAUAGGUAUUUUAAGUAGAUUUAAAUAGAUGAAUUUUUUAAGGAAGAUUAUUUUUCUAAUAUCUUACAUUCACUAUUAUUUUUAUUUACUUUAUUUUUAACAGUAUUGAAUUAUAUUUCAUUAACACUAGAACUACCGAAACGGUAAAAUCGAGCAAUUUAUAAUUUUUAUUAGAAACUUUCUGGAUGUAAAAUAGUAUGUUUUUAGAGAUCUAAAUGAUGUUUCGUAAAAUAUAUAAAUGAAAGCUUGCGUAUUCCAUUGUAUUGUAAAGUUUUUCUAUUUUGUUACUUUAAUGUCUCUCUGAUGGAAAUUUUAUACUUUAAUCGUCGAUAGUUUUAGUGUUAAUAUUUAAAAUAUAUUUAAUUUGGAAUUGUUAUGUAAUUUAUAUAGUGAAAAUUAUGAUUUCUAAUGGGACCAAGUAUUGAGGUCAUUCGUUUUUGAACACACAAUAUCGGAUUUGCUACCUCAACAUGAAUAUAUUUCCAUUCGCGUAAAAUGAAUAAAAAUAUAAUCCAAAA